GCAGCCGCCUCCCGCGGCGCCCGGCAAGGCUGGGACCCCGGGCGGUCGGACGGGACGGCCCCGGUCGGACCUCGGAACGUGCCGGCUGAGAAAUUCGAAGCCCUCGGUUCCCCCCGGGUCGGAGCGGUAGCGGGUGGGGGCGCAGGCCCGGGGGAUGCUGGGCUCGGUGAAGAUGGAGGCCCAUGACCUGGCCGAGUGGAGCUACUACCCGGAGGCGGGCGAGGUCUACUCUCCAGUGACCCCAGUGCCCACCAUGGCCCCCCUCAACUCCUACAUGACCCUCAACCCUCUGAGCUCUCCCUACCCCCCAGGGGGGCUCCCUGCCUCCCCACUCCCCUCAGGACCCCUGGCUCCCCCUGCCCCCACUGCACCCCUGGGGCCCACCUUCCCGGGCCUGGGUGCCAGCAGCGGUGGGGGCAGCAGCUCAGGGUAUGGGGGCCCGGGGCCGGGGCUGGUACCUGGGAAGGAGAUGCCAAAAGGGUACCGACGGCCCCUGGCACACGCCAAGCCGCCGUAUUCCUACAUCUCGCUCAUCACCAUGGCCAUCCAGCAGGCGCCCGGCAAGAUGCUGACCCUGAGUGAGAUCUACCAGUGGAUCAUGGACCUUUUCCCCUACUACCGGGAGAACCAGCAGCGCUGGCAGAACUCCAUCCGCCACUCGCUGUCUUUCAACGACUGCUUCGUCAAGGUGGCCCGCUCCCCAGACAAGCCGGGCAAGGGCUCCUACUGGGCCCUGCACCCCAGCUCAGGGAACAUGUUCGAGAACGGCUGCUACCUGCGCCGCCAGAAGCGCUUCAAGCUGGAGGAGAAGGUGAAGAAAGCGGGCGGUGGGACCUCCACCCCCAGGAACAGUGCAGCCACCUCGACCACCGGCUCUUCCGCCACAGUCACCUCGCCGCCCCAGCCCCAGCCUCCACCCCCCGAGUCUGAGGCCCAGGGUGGGGAAGAUGCGGGGGCUCUAGACUGUGGCUCACCCCCUUCCUCCACACCCUACUUCACGGGCCUGGAGCUCCCAGGGGAGCUGAAGUUGGAUGCUCCCUAUAACUUCAACCACCCUUUCUCCAUCAACAACCUGAUGUCGGAACAGACACCGGCACCUCCCAAACUGGACAUGGGGUUUGGGGGCUACGGGGCAGAAGGUGGCGAGCCUGGGGUCUACUACCAGAGCCUCUAUUCCCGCUCUCUGCUUAACGCCUCCUAGCAGGGGGAUGGGAUCAUGGUGGCUGGAGUAUGGCUGGAGCUCACGACAUCAGGCUCUCGGGGCUUGAUCCUCCUGGUGACACUUUGCUUGUCCCAUCAGUUAACAUCUUGGUUGGUCUAUUACUGUGGUGACUGCCAUCUCUGCGGGCAUCGUGUCCAUCCUCUGGGUACCGUGAAGACUGCUGUUGACGCCCUGGUGGGCCCAUUGGGUACCGUGAACACCGCCGUGUUGAUUGAUGGUAUCGGUGACCCGUUGGGUGCUCUGAUGGCUGUCAUCUGGGAUGACAUCUUGGUUGGCCCUUUGGGCACGAUGGUGAUGCCAUUUCAGUUACAUCUUCUUUGGCACGUUGGAUGCUGUGAUCACUUCCUUUUUGGUGGACUUCUUGGGGUAGUAGAUGCCAAGUUGGCCACCAAACUGCAUAACAUCUGUCUUGACCUGUUGGGGGUUACGGUGGCCACCACCUUGGCGGGUCAACCUAACCAGUGUACCAUGGUGCACCGUGAUGGCCACCGCAGCCCAUGUUGGCCAUUCUUCACUGUCUCUUUGGUGGGAGUUGAGUGAGGGGUGGAGAUGAGAAUACUCCUUGGUUUCUCUGGAGCCAUUCCCCCUCUGGAUCAGGAGAAACCAGAAAGGACUGGUUAGGGGGAGGGGAAUUUCUACUGAAGUCUGGCUCUUGCCUGGGAAGUGGGAUACUGGCUGUCUUUGACCAUUAAAGGCACCAUUUCUGCCUCUUACCAAA